AUGCUUGAUUGCUUCUUACGUCCCAAAAAUUCCGCCACCCCACCCAUGAUCUUCUCAAAUUUCCCAGUUGAUCGGGGUUUGAUCCCUUCCCUUCUCUACUUUAUAACGCCCCCCUCAUUACUUCUGGAUCGUCCUAUCCCUAUCCUUCCCCGGCUGGAAGUCGCUUUCUAUCCCUCUCUUACCCCGCCCACGCUGAAAAAAAUGUGCCUUUACAUAACCUCCCAAUACACCUACACCUGCGGGAAAGUCAGCACCACUGAGAACCGCGUCCAAUGCCCACACCGCCAAAAAUACCUCUCCGAGAAGCGCGCAUGGUUGGAUGGCGCCGCGGCCCCCAAGUGCUUAUGCGACGGGAUCCCAAAAAAGGAGAAGAGGCGCGUCGAAGUGGGGAAGCCGUGCAAACCGAACUGCCCGUACAUCGCGUACCCAGAGUUCCAUCGGCCAUACAAUUCCCGCUACGAAGCGAGGUUUCAAGCGUGGACUUCGUCGCGGUAG